CAAGUAAAAACGAAAAAAUGGCAAAAGCGCAAGACCAGGAGCUGAAAAAAGCGUUUUCCGAACUACAACAGAAGAUAAUUGAUACGACACAGAAAUUAAAGCUCGCAGACGUACAAAUUGAUUCGUUAAAACGAACAAAGCAGCAUGCCGAGCUCACGGUUAAGGAGGUAACCUCACUUCCACCAAACACGAAAACCUACGAGAGUGUGGGUCGAAUGUUCUUGCUAGACGACAUCGCGAGCGUAAAAGAAGGGCUUGAGAAACGGAUGAAAACGGCCGACGAGAAGAUCAAAACUCUAGAAAACAAUAAAGCGUUCUUGGAGCGUAGCUUAAAGGAUAACGCAAAUAACGUUAGAGAAAUGGUCCAGCAACGACAAAGCAACGAAUCCUCUGGUUGAUACAGCAGUUUCAUAUCUUUACUUGCUUUUACUCUUCUGUCGAAGUUGUACCCUUAUUCAAGCAAUAUCGCAUCUAUCAGUUGUAACUCUAAUUUAACAUCAUUAUUAUUUGUGUGCUUUCGAUAAAUGUAAUCCAUAAAAUAAACCUAUCAUGUUUACAUAUUA